UUAUUACUGCGCCGCCGACCGCCAUUGAAUCAGUGUGAUUGGUGUCGCAGUGCAACAAGCAAGGUGUGUUAUUUCAUAAAAAGCAAAAUAACUUUUAAUUGUAAUUUCUUAAUUAACAUAUAAAUGUCAAGUCCAGAAGAGUGUAAACUCAAAGGUGGACAUCCUCCUGCUGUAAAAGCAGGUGGAAUGAGAAUCACCCAACACAAAACACCGAAAGAAGAUCGUGAAAUAAAACCAAUUAAAGAUGUAGACGAAAGUAAACCGUCUAGCAGUCCACCAAAAACUCUCAUGAUUAGUGGAGUACCUGCAAAAGGGAAUGCAGACUUUCCUCCAGAAGCUGUGCAAGUCUUCCAUGAAAAGCCUAUUCCAACUCAUAAUGCACGUCCAACUCAUAGUUCACGUCCAAUUAUUAUUCAACAGCCAAGGAAGUGAAUGAUAUACAUAUUACUUACCAGCUGGAGGCUAUUGAAAAGAACAUUAGCCUAUAUAUUAUCUAUUAAAAAAAAAAAAAAAAAAAAAA